AUGCUGGAUGAGAACCCGGCAUGGACGGGACAGAAGAGGCACAAGUACGAGGCCCCAUCUCUGACAUCAUCCUCUGAUGCUUAUGGUGAGACGAUUGGCCAAGACAACGCAGAACGUCCCAACGAGAUCGCGGAUUCACCAGAUGAGCUGGCGGACCAGGAAAAUGAUAUCAUCAGCGAGGAGGAGUUCGGCGGAUGCCUUAAGGUUUUAGCCACCAGGCGUGCUCCUAUGAUCGUCACAGGGCGCAGGCUGGACGAGGAACAUCAACGCGAGCUCUACGAGCGCCUCACCCUCUACCGCAUCAAAGCUUCCAAGUUGGCACAAGGAGUUUGCAUAGAUGAUCAGAAUGGUGUGGCUUUGAGAAAGGAGUACUCCUCAGACAAUUUGGAGGACCUGUUUGAUUACUACAAGAAAGCUGAUUCUGUGGAUUGGUACUUUGACCGUGGCUACUGUUUGCUCGCUGACUUGGAUGACUACCAGAGCCUUGUCCUUACCAAUGGAGAUGAUGGUAGAAGGUUCUGUGAUUGGGAAACAUACCGCUCAUUUUUUACUAGCUAUGAAAUUGAUGAAGAGUAUGUAAAGCUCUUUGAAGAAAUAUCAAAGAAAAUCAAGUGGCUUAAACGUUAUAUGGAAUAUGAACGAGCAUCUUCCAAGUGGAAGGAGAUGGAUGAUAGAGGAUUCUGCCAAGCAGCGAAGAUUGCGGCAGGCUUUCCACGCAUGAGCUAUAAGUUAACUUUAAUGGCCUAUGAGGAGAAUGUGUGGAAUCUGAUGUUUGAUUAUUGGCAACGUGAAGACAUUGAUCGUCUCUUUUUUGAGAUUUGGAAGUUUGCUACUAAGAAAAUGGGUGCCACUGAUAAGAAGAUCGAUUUUAGAGCUGGUUUGGUAGAUGUCUGUCGAAGGAAUAUAUUCCCUCGAUAUAGAAAGAGAAUGCAAUUCGCACUGGAUCAUAGUACUCUUUCUGAUUUGGAAUCAAAUUUUGAUACCUGCGUGGAAGACAUCCCUGAUGAUGCUACAGAGGAUGUAGCUUGGCGGUUGAUUACAUCGGCGGUUUGGAAUAAGCUUCAUAAACCCAAGAUGUGGCACCAAUAUAUUAUGAGGAAGAUGGAGAUUGCUAAACACAUUGGCUUGGGUCCACAAAAUUGACAUGUCUCGGAACCCAAGACACUGACAGAUGUAGACAACUGUUCCUUGUGAAAUCUUGUCCGUUGCUCGCUCACUUGCAAAUUAAUGAUGUAUCCGUUGUAUUGCAUAUAUUGAUGUUAGACUGGUGCUGUUGUUGCUGUGGUAAAUUAAUAUGCUAUCAUGGU